ACGUUAUAAAUGUUUUUAUUCUUUCCUUUUCCGUUUAAAAUACAAGUUUUCCUUGUCGUUUUCACUUUUACACGGCUUUUAUUAUUCAGGUCUUCUCAAACAGUGAUCUCCUGCUCUCAGCUACUUCCAAAUCAACCCUCAUUUUAACAGAGAGUCAACUUCUCGUGCUCUCUCAUGAGAGAGUGUAUCAUCUCAAUUCGUGUGACCAGAACAUACUUAUAUUAACUAGCCUGUUACAGAAUUGGUAGUAAACUAAACUAUUUUAAUCGUUUUGAAAAUGUGAUUGUCGGUCUACUGCAAUCGCACUGCAAACGCCUAUCGGAACACAAAAUACCAUCUCUAUGAAAAGUUUUGACAGUUUUAAAAGUAAAGUAGAAAAAUGGCUUAUAUUAUAGAUAACGAGGUAAUCGUCCGCGAAAAGCAAUCGUUCUCUAAGUGGUCCCUGAACUCGAUAUCUUUGCAAAGCACGGGACAGGAACUCGGUGAAAAUGAAAUCAAGUGCCUAUCGUUCGAAGUCACUGAAGACAUUAAAAAUCUGUUGAAUGAGGCGGGCAAAUAUUCGCGCCGAACUCGGUAUGAUCGCGUGCGGCGGUUCCACAUCCAACAUGCUGCUCAGACCCUUUGCCUUGACGUAUUCUCCAGGCUGUUCCUGGAAGGGAUCCUGGAUUGGAAUGUGUUGGAGGAACUUGAAGAACCCAGAACCGAAUCCCCCGUGUCCAUUCCUGAGGUUGGCCCAAUGGACGUCGAAGUCACCUCUCCUUACGAACCAGAUAAUCCUGGAGCCAUUGAGAUUCCUUUGAAUUCGUCAAUAGACUCCGCCGGUCUUUCCGAAACUAAUAAUCCUGGAGCCUUUGAGAUUGCUUUUAAUUCGUCCCUCGACUCCGCCUAUCUUUCCGAACCAGAUAAUCCUGGAGCCAUUGAGGUUCCUUUGAACUUGUCAAUUGACUCUGCCUGUCUUUCCGAACCAAAUAAUACUGGAGCCAUUGAGAUUCCUUUAAAUUCGUCCCUCGACUCCGCCUGUCUUUCCGAACCUAAUAAUUCUGGAGCCAUUGAGGUUCCCUUAAAUACGUCCCUCGACUCUACCUGUCCUAACAAACCAGAUAAUCCUGACGGCAUUGACAUUCCUUUAAAAUCAUCCCUCGACUCCGCCUAUCUGAGGAAGAAGCGAUCUGGUUGGACUAGUCAGGAGCUGGCUCUGCUGAUGCCUUGCAAAAACCUCCCGGUGACCAAGGAGCAGGUAUAUCUCUACCAUAAGGUCACAGAGUCCAUGGUGCUCGGUUCGGUUGCCACGCGUGAGCUAGGGCUGGAGGCUUUGUCCACAGAUCCCACGUUUAUUGUGCUGCUGCCCAACCUUAGCCUGUUCAUCGCGGACGUCGUAUUAAUCAACGUGGCGGAAGAGAACACAGUAUCUCUUUUCUUUUUGAUGCGUAUGGUCAACGCCCUAUUGUCCAACGAAAAUUUGAAUUUAGACAAUUAUCUUCAUUUAAUCCUGCCAGCUGUUCUAUCCUGCCUGUUGACCAAGCAAAUGAUCCCCUCUAUUGGCAUGGCGGAUCAUUGGUCGUUGAGGGAAUUCUGUGGGAGCAUAGCCGCCGAUAUUGUCCGGAGCUACGAUGGCUCUGACAACAGGCUCCUUCUAAGGGUUAUUGACAUCUACGAACAGGCUCUUUUGAAACAGUCCCUUACCACGAUGUAUGGUGCCGUUAUCGGACUGGGAAAGAUCGGCGAUGAAGCAGUACGCACCUGUAUUCUGCCAAAACUAAAAUAUAUAUCCGAACGCAUUGAGCCGCACCUAAAGGAGAGCAUGGCAUAUUCCAGCGCCAGCCUACACACUUUGGCCGCAAAAUUCAUCAGCCAUCGACUGAUGAAGAUGUGCUCCCCAUUACUGAAUUAUUCUCCACAAGAUCCUCCCGAGGCGUUUGCUGCCACUUACGGAUUUUUGGGACCGAUGUUGCGUGCGGCAGUAUUCGUGUCCCAUGUUAAAGUGGAUGUGGAAAUUAGCGAAAACUGGAGAAAGCUGGAGGAAGCUGCCAAAUCGGCACAGCAAGAUUCCGACCUCGACGACUUGUGUUUGUAAAGCCAGAAAGUAACAGCAGCUAAAGUAUUAUAGGUGUCAAUACAUUAUACAUCUCAUAUUAUGUAUGCUAAAUUAAAACUUAAACUUUAGCGCUGCAUGAAAGAAACUACAAAGAUUUUCCACCAUUCACAGAGCAACUUAGAGAAGUUAUAUCGAGUGUCUUGAGAACUUACUUCCUUGUCAUAUUCAGCCCCAAGGAAACCUCAAAAUUUUUAUGCUAAUUGUCACAAUGUUGCCGUUCCUGGUGUGCCCGAAUGAUGUAUUCAAUGAAACAUUUAAUGUCAACAUUAACAUGUGGUCCAGGAUGCCUUUAACGGAUCUGGUGGUCACCAUAUUGCUUGCAGUUUG